AAAUAUUUCAUCAUAAUCCACGUUAGCCGUACGAUCAAAAUACGAGCUUAGUAAACGCAGAAACCUUUUCCGCGUUGGUUUCCCCAAAUAAUAUUCUUCGUAUUCGAUUCCGUGUAAAAGCAUAAGGGGCCAAGACACCCUCUUUUGUCUGAUUAUGAUUGCUUCUGAAAAUUUUCAGAUACAAUAAUACAAGGAACUCCAAUUGUUGUUAGAUAAGGAUUUUUUCGCCAAUUUGAAAUUUUUCGAGGGAGCCAAUCGAUCCGCAGGCCGCCAUGAGUUUUCUUUUCGGAAAGAGGAAGACUCCCGCAGAGCUUCUGCGUGAAAAUAAGAGAAUGCUUGAUAAAUCCAUUCGUGAAAUAGAGAGGGAGAGGCAGGGUUUACAGACACAAGAAAAGAAACUUAUUGCAGAGAUAAAGAAAAGCGCCAAGCAAGGGCAGAUGGGAGCUGUUAAGGUCAUGGCCAAAGAUCUUAUCAGAACACGACACCAGAUCGAAAAGUUUUACAAACUGAAAUCUCAACUUCAAGGUGUCUCACUCAGAAUUCAGACAUUGAAGUCGACACAAGCAAUGGGGGAGGCCAUGAAAGGCGUCACCAAGGCAAUGGGACAGAUGAAUAGGCAGAUGAACCUGCCAUCACUCCAGAAGAUAAUGCAAGAAUUCGAGAGGCAGAACGAGAAGAUGGAGCUGACCAGUGAGGUUAUGGCAGAUGCCAUUGAUGAUGCUUUGGAAGGAGAUGAGGAAGAAGAAGAGACUGAAGAAUUGGUCAAUCAGGUUCUUGAUGAGAUUGGCAUUGAUAUCAACUCUGAGCUUGUCAAUGCACCUUCUUCGGCUGUAGCUGCCCCAGCUGCAAAGAAUAAGGUUCCACAAGCUGAGGCAACGGGAAAUGAUGACGGUGGAAUAGAUAGUGACCUCCAGGCCAGGUUAGACAAUCUGAGGAAGAUGUGAUGGGCUUCUGACUUGUAAUGUAAUAUUUUUUCUGGUGAUAAAAAGGCGUAUUAUAUGUGGCUUUCUAACAUUUGUGACAAUUCAAGAGUAUAUGGUUUGGUACAGCUUAAUUUUCUCUAGUAAGAUUCCUUUAUGUGAUGUGGAAUGUGUGGUUUGUUGGCUGUUUGUCAAUAUAUGGAAUCUGUGCAUGCUUGAACACUAACUGGAGAAUUGAGUUUUUCCAUACUUUAGUGGGCAUCCUUGCAGAAGCAACUUCUCGUUUAUUGUUGCGAUUUUUAUUGUAAUAUGGAUUUCUUCUUAUCAAUUUUGCUAUAAAGCUAUC